CUGGCCCGGCGGCUGGAUGGGGGCUCGGAGCGCGUGGGCCGCGGCGCUACUGCUGCUCCUGUCCUUGCUGCCUGGAACCUUCGCCUCCUGCCUCUUCUCGGUGGACGCCUCCACAGCCACGGGGCAGCUGAAGCCUUUCUGGAAGAGCACCGGCUUCUGCCCUCCUCUGCCCCAUGAAAAGUCAGACCUGUAUGAUCUCAGCCAAGACCAGCAGCUCAAUCUUGCCUAUAUUGCAUCUAUCCCUCACGGGGGCAUUGAACAGGUCAGGACCCACUGGUUACUGGACCUCAUCACAGCCAGUGUCACCGACGGGGAUCUUCGCUACAAUUUUACCAACCUGGAUAGAUUUUUGGAUCUUCUCUGGGAGAACCGACUCAUUCCAGGGUUUGAGUUGAUGGGGAGCCCAUCUGGAUACUUCACUGAUUUCGAGGACAAGAAGCAGGUGUAUGAAUGGAGGAACCUGGUCACCCUGUUGGCUACGAGAUAUAUUGAGAAGUACGGGGUAAGCCACGUCUCCAGAUGGAAUUUUGAAACAUGGAAUGAGCCAGAUCAUCACGACUUUGACAACGUGUCCAUGACGGUCCAAGGCUUCCUGAACUAUUAUGAUGCCUGCUCAGAAGGCCUGAGGAAAGCCAAUGUAGGGCUGAAGUUUGGAGGUCCUGGUGAUUCCUUCCAUCCAUUCCCAAAGUCCCCCAUUUGCUGGAACCUACUCAGUCACUGCUACAAUGGGACAAACUUUUUCACGGGUGAGAAAGGUGUGCGCCUGGAUUAUAUCUCCUUACACAGGAAGGGUGGGGGCAGCUCUAUCUACAUCCUGGAGCAGGAAAAGGAAGUUGCCCAGCAGAUCCAAAGCCUUUUCCCCAAUUUCACCCAUGUCCCCAUUUAUAAUGAUGAGGCUGACCCGCUGGUAGGCUGGUCCCAGCCCCAGAUCUGGAGAGCAGAUGUGACCUAUGCAGCGAUGGUUGUGAAGGUCAUAGCCCAGCAUCAGACCCUGUUGCUGUCAGAGCCCAACAACACCCUGAACUAUACCCUGCUGAGCAAUGAUAAUGCCUUCCUGAGCUACCACCCACACUACUUUACCCAGAGGACACUGACCGCCCGCUUCCAGAUGAACAACACAAAGCCACCCCAUGUGCACCUAGUCCGAAAGCCCGUGCUCACUGCCAUGGGGCUGCUGGCCCUGCUGGGUGAAAACCAGUUGUGGGCGGAGGCUCACUGUGACGGGCUACUAGUGGACAGCAAUCACACAGUGGGAGUACUAGCCACCUCCCACUGGCCUGAGGAGGCGUCUUCACCAGACAGCUGGCAGGCCACAGUGCUGGUAUUUGCCAGUGAUGACAAUCGGACAUCUGCCAACCUCAGUACUGUCACCAUCUGGCUCAACAAUGUCCCACCAGCUACAGACCUCGUCUACAUGACCUACUAUAUGGACAAUAAUCUCACCAGCCCUUACCUGGAGUGGAAGAAACUUGGCUCACCUGUCUUCCCCACCAUAAAGCAAUUUCAGCAGAUGAGAGAGACUGAGGACGCUGUAGCCGCAGGCCCAUUUCCAUUUCCUCAAAAUGGCCAACUGACCCUAAAGCAGAAGCUUUCAGUACCCUCCAUUCUUCUCCUUCAUGUGUGUUCGAGGCCACACCUGCCCCCAAACCAGGUGAAUGGCGUCCGAAUCUUGCCUCUCACAAGAGGGCAGAUCGCUCUGCUCUGGGAUGAUAGCUGCGUGAACUCAAAGUGUCUGAGGACAUAUGAAGUUGAAUUCUCCCAACAUGGAUAUAUUUACAGAGGGAUCAACAGGAAGGAGUCAACUUUCAACCUUUUUGUCUUUGCUCCAGACGAUGCCAAUGUCACUGGCUUCUACCGGCUCCGUGCUGUGGAUUACUGGGGCCAGCCAGGCCCCUUCUCUGUCCCGGUUUACUACAAAGAGACAACUGCAUGAGGUGGGCAAUGAUCUGGUGAGACAAUCCUCCGCUGGAGACCUGCACAGGCUGGGGAUCCUGGGAUUGAUGCUCCUUGAGGGGAGACACCCACGGUGCCAAGGACUUGAAGUGAACCUAAAAUCAGAGGAACCAGGCUAGAAUGCUAGCUUUCAUCCUUUACAGCUGUGUGAGCUUGGGCACAUCUCCUUAGGCCUCAGUUUUCUCAUCUAUAAAGUAGGGACAAUAGUAUUUGCGCAACUGACCUCAUGAAGUAAUUUUCAGGAAAGGGCUUUGUCAAUCUCACAAUUAAUAUUCUAUCAGCCAUCAAGUAGAGAUGUCUUUUCUUCCUUGAGGGUCCAAUGAAAAGACAUCCAGAAACUUGCUUCCUAGCAAUCAUCUUAAUAAUCACUGUCAUCAGAACUCCUGUUUCUGUGGCCCUGUAACAUUGGCAAAACACUUUCCCCGUAACAGUCAUAAGAGGUGGGUGGUACAAGAAUUAUUAUAUUGAUUUACAGGUGAGGGAACUGAAGCCAAGAGAGGAGGGACUUUGUCCAAGUUGAAGGGCCUCAUUGAGUGUCAGAGUCAGGGUCUGAACCCUCCUGGGGAAUGGUUGCCGUGGACAAACUGUGGCAUAUGAAAGUAAAGGAAGAUUAAUCUUCCACAAAAUGGAUGGAUAUAAAGAAUUCUAGAGAAAUGUGAAACAACUUGUAUGACCCCAUGCAGAGCAAAGUAAGCAGAAUCAGGGGAGCACUAUACCCAAUGACUCCAAAAAUAUAAAGGAAAAUGGCAUUGAAAAGCAGUUCAGGUCUGAUUAAUUGCAUUAAUCAAUGUUGGUCUCGGAGAACUGAUGAUGAAAUGCUCCUCCUCUUGGCAUUGUGCGUGGGGGACCUUAUGUGUAGGCUGUGCUGUUUGCUUUGUUAUAAGGGGAGAUUCAAUAAGGGGGGGCAUUUUAAGGGGAAAUGACUGGUAUAAACAUCAAAGGAAACAGUAUAACUUUGAAAACUUGUUUUUAAAAGCAGGGUUGUGUGAAUAGACACAGGAGAGGUAAGAAGCAGUCAGAGGAGAAAACAGGAACACGUGGUCAUCUAUGGUGUCCAAACCCCAGGAAUCACGGCUGCACCCUGAUGCUUUCAGAGCCUAGGCAAGAGACUUUAAUAUUCUUCAACCCGGGGUCAGCUAGAUGACACAGUGGAUAGAGAAUUGAUCCUGGAGUCAAGAGGACCUGAGUUCAAAUCCUGCCUUGGACA